ACAGUAUACUGUUAGCCUCGCCACUGAGGCGUCGCCAAAAAGCGGCUAGUUAAAACAAGCCUCGUUUUGCUGCAAUGACCCCGGAAAAUGCAAAAUGGCCGCCACAUCUGGCAAUACACUUGUUUGUUUGGGCGUAGCGCUCAUAAUCGUAUUUCACAUGUCGGCUGUGAAUACACAAAUCCAGGCAACUAGUACAGCUACGUCAAGUCCAGAGCGAAAACCGAGAGAACUGGCGUUCUUUGACGUCACCAUCGGCGGCGUUCCGGCAGGCCGGAUAGUGUUCGAACUUCGGCUCGACGUCGUGCCGAGAACAGCCGAGAACUUCCUGUCGCUGUGCACAGGAGAAAAGGGAAUAGGACAAAGUGGAAAACCACUUCACUACAAGGGGAGCCGGUUCCAACGGGUUAUUCCAAACUUCAUGGCGCAAGGGGGUGAUUUCACAACUGAAGACGGAAUGGGAGGUGAAAGUAUUUACGGGGAGGACUUUGCAGAUGAGAAUUUCGUGCUGAGCCACACGGGUCCUGGCGUGCUGAGUAUGGCGAACGCCGGGCCUGACACCAACGGUUCCCAGUUCUUCAUUACGUUCGUGGCGACCCCCUGGCUAGAUGGAAAACACGUGGUGUUCGGGAGAGUUGUAGAGGGAAUGGACGUUCUGUACCAGAUCAAAGCUGUAGGUUCCCAGAGCGGUGCUACAAGUAAGGACGUCAUCAUCGCAGACAGCGGGCGUCUCAGUCAACUUCCUAUUUAAAACAGUGUAUCUCAUAUUUGUAAUAAGAUACAAAUACCAACAUAUAAGAACUUCCCAGCUAACCACCAGAUAUAAAAACCUUGUUAUGUUUUCUAUUGCUUUUCUUGUGUUUACUUUCUAUUGUACUUUUAGUGUUUGGCCGCAAGGCCAGUGAAAAGCUCAGUUUUAUCUUGCCUGCCCUUGACCCUGUCAUGUAGCUUUACCAUGCUGGCAUUUUGUAAAAUGUAAGGAUGGCUCUACCAGGUUUUGAAUAAAAUUUUACAGUGAAAAACAAUCUCAUGAGAAAUGUGUUUUUUUCAGUGUGUAAAUAAUCACACUGACAUGUCGAUAAGGGUUAACGUUAGACAUCCAGGUAGACCAAUAAUUGAUACGUUCUCCAAAGAGCCAGAUAUCUUUCGCUAUCUUCAACCACUGACAGCGGAUGAGUCUGAAUACAAGUCUAUGCAAAUUUAAUCCAUUAAUGGGUAUCUGUAUUACUAAAGAAAAAAAUAAAGCAGCUCCUGUAUGUUUUUCUUGUCCGUAAAACUUGGGUAGAAAGGUACGUAGUUGUAAUCUGAAAACCGUUUCAAAACUGGCGCUUUCUUCUUGAGAUAUGAGUUAACCACAACCCUUUAGUUAAGUUAACUUUUUAGUUAAGUUAACUUUUCUGUAAAUUAUUUGAUAUUAAAAUACCUCUGGAUAGUUUUAUGUUAUUUUUCAUUGUCGUCGUGUGAAGUAUAAAUUUCACAUUGAGUUUGCGAGACGGUAAAAAAAAAAAAGAAUCAUAUAGUUGACGUUGAAGCACUACCUCCUAAGAGUGGUUCCUUCUGAAGUGUUAUGAAAAGUACCAGCAGAUUGUUCCAUUCAAAGGAUGGGGUGUCUGCUUAUACAUAUAAGUCUAAGAGUAUGUAUAGUGAAAUUGUAAAAAAAAUGUGCGUUUUUUGUUCUCACUGAUAUGCUUUUGAAUGUGCAUUCAUGAUUGGUGAACUGUUACAUGCUGUAUAUACAACAAUGCUUGGGGAAUAAAUGCGUUUAUAAAAAUUCUUAAA